AUGGAAGCAGAACUAUCGACUUACAAGGAUCAACUGGCCUAUGUCAACUUACAGCUCGAAUCAGAUCCCAACAAUGAAGGACUCAAGACACUCAAAACCGAGUUGGUCGAGUUGAUCGACCUUACUCAGCAGGCCAUGGGUCAACCAGCUGCUGGAUCAACGACGUCGACUAGUGCCGGGACUACGAAGAAUGAUAAGCCAAAGGGGAAGGGGAAAGAGGAUGCUGCGUCUCAGUAUAAAGCUGGGAUGGAUUGUAUGGCCAAGUACAAAGAUGGGAAGUGGUACCCCGCCAGGAUCAACGCAGUUAUCGGAUCACCUGAAUCACCUCAAUAUACCAUCACCUUCAAAGGUUAUACCACAUCUACAAACGUCCCUUUAUCCUCGUUACGACCUCAUGAUCCCUCUGCACCCAUACCCACCCCCGUUGAACCUACCAAGAGGAAACAGGAGGAACUGACAGAGAAGGAAAAGGAGAAGAAGAAGAAGAAAGGUGAGAAAUGGAUGGAAUCUCAGAAAGCGAAGGCGGAUGAAAUCAAAGAUAAGAAGAGCGCUUGGGAGAAGUUUGGGAAAAAAGCUAGUAAGAAAGGGAUCCAUAUUUCUGGUCUCGAGGGAAAAUCAGUGUUCAGAACACCUGAUAAUCCGUUUGGCAAAGUCGGAGUUACUGGCUCAGGUAGAGGUGUGACAGAGUAUGAGAGAAUGGGAAAACAUAAAUUCGCAACGGAUAAAGAGGAAUAG